UGUGACAAUAUGGCGAGAGUGUGAAGUUAUAUUGACGAUCGAUUUAUGAAACGUUUUUUUUCCGUUGUAGAAGCUUAAAGGCUCCGACUUUGUGUUCCUGAAAGUUACUUUUAUGACUGAGCGAGUAUUGUGUCGAACGAUCUGCUCUGACAUUGGCAAGUUGUGAAGGAAGAAUUGCGACGCAAGCAAACAAACGGUUGGAGAACUGGGGAAAUUCGAUCGUGAAGGCGCUGUAAACAAAGGUUACUUUUAUUUCGUGACCAAAUGGAUGACCGCUGCAGCUCUCCCGAGAUCGAUGUCGUCGGAUUAGGCGAUCAAUCUCGAAGUUUCACCCAUCGAAGGGAAAUGUCGACAUACUCGGGCAGAAAUGCGAGGAACAUUCGACAAGCGAAUCAAAGUGACGCGAUUAAACACGCGGCAAAUACAAAAGCGAAAGGUAAGAGCAAUGUAGAGACCGUGAAUCUUCGGGUUAAAAACAUGGGAAUUAUUAUCGUAAAGAAAGAGCCAGAGGAAGACGACGACAGUGAAGUUUCUUAUUCUCUGAGUUCCCUUCUUGACGAGUGUGAUUUCGAACAAGUGCCGCGAAAGAAAGUCAGGGCGCUGAAAUCACCGACUUCUCUUGCACUCGCGCAGUCGAAGUCGUCGGAAGCUGUUCGUCCUAUUUCGGGACGACCGAGGCAAUCCUUGGAACAUGUUAUUAGUUCACUAAAAUCUGCACGAGAUACAAGCAUAAUUAAACCCAAAUCUUCAACAAACAGGGCACCCAACUUUCAGAGUCCUGUGGUCCCUAUAUCAAUGCCCUCUCAUAUACUUUCUGUAGCACCUGCUCCACACAACUCAUUCAGUCUUCCCGGUGGAGCUCGAGGUGCAACUGUACCACAGAUUAUUGAUGUACGUUCCUUAGCUACUGGUCCUCACACUGUGUCAACUGGAACGGCAGCAAAAACUUCUCUAAACUUGUCAUCUUCAAAACCAUAUGUCCCUCAAUCAGUUCAGUUGAGCAGUAGAGCUCUCAGUAGUGCUUACUCCUCACAAGGUGCCUCAAAUAUACCGGUAACUUUAGCUCAGUUGGCAAGGCCAGUCAGUGCUGGUCCUGCCACACAAAGUAUGCCUAAUCUGCCAAAAACUAAACCUCUGAUUCAGGGAUCUCAGGUUCCAAGUAUGAAACCGGCUACUACAGGCUCAAAGCCUUUAAAUAUCAGAUUUGUUUUACCUGCCACUGCCCCAUUUAACACGACUGAAUUUCAGCAAGUUCUACAGGCUGCUCUUGCUUCUGUGGUCAGCCAAUCCAAAGGAGUUGAAGCAAGUCUGUUGCAGCAGGCAAUCCAGGGAGCACUAUUAACUGUUGCAAAGUCUCCACAGCCAUAUAGUGUUAUUGAACUGAAGAGAGCAAUACAGGAUUCUUUGGCAGUUUUGGUUGCAAAUUCACCUUCAUCUACAGGUGCACUUAGGCAGCAAUUCAUAGUGCCCAAGCUACCAAAUACACGCACUGUAACAGAUAGCAUUAAACAGUUAAAAACCUCUCCAGGUAUGGCUGCAAGUGGAAUAAAUCCCACUUGCUCGCCCUUAACUGUCAUAUAUAAGAAUAUUAGCCCCGUUACACAAACUGGCAGUUUGUUAACUUCUGGUGUUGAAACUUCAUCAUGUGGAACUCAAAUUCAAAAAUCUUUGAGCUCUGCUAGAGAUGCCCUUGUUAAAGUUCUUCAAGAGAAGAGGUUUUUAAACAGUCCUCAGUCUUUGUCCUCUGCAACAUCAACACCCACAUCUGACAUUUCACCAUUAGUUCCAGAGCCAGUUUCCAUUGAUGAACCUUGUUUAGAGUCCUCCCCAACUUCCCCAGAGGUACCCAUGCUGCAAGAACCUACUGUCCCUGCUUCUUCUAAGCCUUGGAACACUGUCAGCAGUGUAAAACAUGCCACAUCCACCCCAGCAUCAACUCUUUCUCCCACAAUUUCUGCCAGUGACACAAAUCCCACUGUCCAAGCUACAAUUUCACAACCUCAAGUGAUAACGUCCUCUGAAAAUGCUCUAAGCACAAAGGAAGCACCCACUUCUACACCUAGUGAGGACACAACACAACCCAAGAAAGCUGGGAAGAGUGGCUGUGGAGGGGGAUGCUGUCAAUUCUGUCGCACCUGUCAUGAAAAUGUGAAUACCUGUGGGUUUCCUUCAUGUCAGAAAAUAUUUCCUUCUAAACAAGCUCUUAGAAAACACUACUAUUUUAAUCCCAGUCAUGCACUCCGUAUCCCUGUAGAGAAGGCAUCAGUCGCAUGUGAGAACUUCUUACCCUUGGAGCUUAAUGAGUUGCACCGUAAAGCAAGGAUACGCGAAUUAUUAAAGCGGAUUGAUGAUGAUGAGUUGAAGGAAUUGCUCAUGCCUCGUCUGGCCAAAAUUGUGUCACUUUUCCAGUUACUGGAGCAAAAGUCUCUUCGCGUUAGUCUGGGCAGUAUUUCUGCAUUCAAAAUGUUUUCAGAGUUUGAACGUUUUAAAAAGGAAGUAGAAGCAAGAUUGCUGGACUUGAUUUUCCAGCCACAAGGCAAAUCCUGUGGUAGGACUGGCAAAAACAAACUUGGAUUGAACAUUGACAAAACAGCAAAGGGAAAAACAGCUGAAACCAGUUCUGCAAUAGGAAGUCAGAUUGCUGCAAGUGCCUUUGGGCAAGAUGCAUCUAAAGAUAUGUCUUUGUCAGCUACGAGUACACCUUUAGAUUCUUUUACAGAUAGUAAUUCAGGAGGUGUUACUUCAGAAACUGCAAAGAAAACUGUUGAACUAGAUGUUGACUCGUCGACAGUGAAAACUACAACUGAAGCUCUUAAAGCCCUGUUGCAGUCUGAAUCAAAAGAGGUGUCUAGCUCUCUUGGAGAUAAAGGAGAUGCAAAUAAGGAGGAAAUACCCAAUGCUGUUAGAAGUGGUAACAAGUCAGGAAAUAAGACAUCCUCAGUCCUAAAUGUCCCAGAAAGUAGUACUGCAGAAGAAGCUGCAAAUAAUGGCUCGUCACCUGAGCUAGAGGAGGUGGUUAGAUCUGGUGCCGACAGUACUGAUAUGAAUACAAGAGAAGUGCCUAAUGCUGUUGCAAGUGGUGCACCCGAAGACAAAAGUAUUUCUCCUGUAAACAUUAACACUGAACAUUCUGGUAAAGACUCUGGCAAUGUUGAAAAGUCCUCCCAACCUGGAAUGACUACAAAACAGGAAGAUUUCAUACCAAGUGGAGAAGAUGGAAGCAAAGAGGAUGAGCCAAACUCAAAUCCCCAGUCUGUUGAAGCAAACCAAGGUUCAGGUGAACAUCAGAAGCCUGAAUCUUUGCAGCCACCUGAUAAUGUUGGAGGCCACUCUGACAAGCCAACUUUGAAAAAUUCCCCAUCCUUUCCUUUGGACUGCCUACCACAGUAUGUAACCGGGGAAGGUAGGAUAUCUUCAGAAAUUGAGUCAACCAAUGUGCUGAUGGCAGAUAAUCAAGAAGAAGCUAAUUGUACCACCCAAGAUGGUGUGACAAAUUCAAGUAAAGAAGAGAAGAAAAAUGAAUCUCAGAGAGACACUAUUGAAAAUAUUGGUGUAGUGAGGGGAGAGGGUGGCAAAGUGCAUGUUUCUACAGGAGGUGUGAACCAGAAAACUGAGGAAAGCAAUAGGGAGCAAACUAAAAGUGCCCUUGAUGUAAUGAAAGGAAUGGAGGUGGAGGUGCAGGAUAGUAAUUUCACAGACAACAGUACUAUACAAGGGGACAAGAUGACUGCAGAACAUUCUGAUCAAGCAAAAGAGAUUGUUUGUAGGGACACUGGAAGACUAGGAAAUACUUCCAAGGCUGAAUGUCAAGAAGAUCAAAUUAUGAUUUGCAAAGAGGAUGAAACAGGUGUUGCAAACAAUGAAAAUACCUGUACUCCAAAACCAAAAAGUGACCAAGAAGAUAUAAGUGAGAGUGGUUCAGCAAGUGUCAAGCCCAAUGUGGACUCUGAAGACAUCAGGCAGCAACAGACUCUGCAGGGUAAAGCUACAGAGAGCUACAGAGAAGGAGACAAAGAAAAAGUUAACUCAAGCAGUAAAAAGGAAACAACAGAUGAGGGUGGAAGUAACUCAGUCGUUGACCAAGUCUAUAAAGAUGCAACAGAAACUAGUGAUGAAAUUCCUCAUGAAAAAGGUGACAAACAAGCGGUGGAGGUGACAAGUGAGAAAAAUGCUGAUACAAAUCCCAGCACUGAGGAGAAGUCUCAGGGAACUUCUGCUGGUGAUACUAAUGCAGCUGAGUCUUCUUCCUUAGAAACUGAAGUUGGAAGUGACAAAAAAGAUGAUGCUGUUGCAAAAGAGAAAACUUUGAAAGAGACAUUAGAAAACCUUAUUUCGGAAGAUUUAGAGGAGUUAGAUGAAAACAAUAUAAUGGAUUUUGAUCUUCCACUAGCAGUUAAGUGGGGUAGAGUAAUUAAAAAAGUGAAAGACAACGAGGUGAAGAAAAUCGCCAGAAAAGAAAAUUACUCCGAUCAAGACAUGAAACAUUUCAUUUUUCACAAGCCCAAGGAGGCAGCAAGUGCUGUUAUAAUUGCUGAUUGCCAUGCUCAUCCAAGCUUCUUCCGAGCCUAUGUCAUGCCAGCACUGUUGGACAAGCACAUUGAUGACUUUGGUGUGUUUGGUAAAAAACUUUUGAGUAGACUGUACCUUUCACAGCAGAAGUAUGUGAAAGUUCUCAGAAACAACAUCGGUCCACAACUGGCCAAGAUACUUGGAAUAAACAUCUUUCCUACUUACAAAAGGAUACAAGACACCUGGGCCACUGUUAAGAGGCCAGGGUGGACAUCUGGGCCUUCGGCAUUGACAGUAUUUACUAUAGAGCCAGAAGAUGAUUAUGAAGUUCCUGAUGAUGUAGAAGGAAUAGAAUCUCAAGCACAGACACUCGGACCAUCAGUGCAGGAGCUACAUGGAGUUGUACAAAGCCAUGCUAACAGGAUAGGAGAGUCCCUCAAGAGAGCCACAUCAGCAAACACUACCCUACCAGAUGGAAAUAAGAAGCAAAGAUUGGAAAAUUCAGAUGCUACCAUAGAUGUUCAAAGUGAAAAAGGUAACAAAACUCAAACACCUGCAAGCUCAGAAAUAACUGUACAAAAAGAAACAACAAGGCAAUUGAAUGAAUGGAAGACCACACCAGUUGAAAUAGACAGUUCCAAGUCUAAUGACCAAGGUGAUAAUAUGCAGGAAAAUAGAGCCAACAAGAACCAAACAAAAGCACUGGAUGAUUUAGCAGCAGCAAAACAUGACACAGAGAAUGCAGUAUCCACAAGGUCAGUAACUGCAUCAAGAAAAGGAACUUCUGCCUCACAAGAAUCUGACGACAAAACAAAUAAAGCUGAUACAGGUGGUGCUGAGCCUGUGAGGGUAAAUCAAGAUCGAAAACAAGACAAUGAAUCAGCAGAUCCACAAGCAACAGGAAGUUCUGUGGCUUUUGAGAAACCUUCCAGUAGCUCCAGCUCUGCCUGGUCAACACCAACAGCUUCAAGCUCCACAGACCAACCAACAUCUUCUACCUCAACGAUUGCGUCAUCUAUUAUCCCUCCAAAGGCAACCAUCUACACCAACCCCACUGGAAAGAAAGGUGACCCAUCAAUGCUAUUCCCUGUCAGUAAAGGUUCCCCAUUGUUCUUAGUUCCUAUUGAAAAAAUCUCCCCUAAACUGAUAGAGAAGUUCAUUCAAGAAGCAAACAAGGAAGGUGUUAAAACCCGCAGCAGUGACAAGAACAGAGGAAAACAGCCGAGACAGACAAAUAAACAAAAACAAGGUUCGCAAGUCCUUCUCUUAGUUCCGUCAUCCAUCCCAAACACCAGUCCAACAAUCCAAACACUGACAUCAUCUGAGCAGUUGGAGGGUACCGGAGACAAGAAGCCACUGCUGCUUCUUCCAGCAGACAAGGUGCCCAAGACGAUUGCCAACCAAUCACAGACUGUGCGGCGGAAAAUGGUGAUUACCAUGAUAGCACAGACAAGUAGCGCACAGUCUUCGGCGAUAUCAGCACCAACUGUAACAGCCACAAGUACAACAGGUGGUCAGUCAAGUUCUCCUACGUCUGCCAUCCGGUCAGUUAAAGGACCAAUCAUGAGCACCCAAGAAGGGAAAAGUAACACGACCUCAACCGAUGGAAACAGGGACAGCAGCGUAUUAUCAUCAGCGAGCACUGAUGCUGGUAAGUCAGUGGAAGAUUUAACCUCGGUUGUUAAUAACACGUCAGCGCUUAAUUCACCUGUGAAAGAACGUUUGUCCACCAGUGUGUCAGGGUCAAACCAAUCAACCUCCCAAGCUAAACUGUUGUGUAAGUCUCGAAGUGCGGCAUCGGCGACACCCUUGACCGAGACUAAUGUUGAUGAAAACCACCCGCUCGCCUGUAGUUCAGAUUUUGAUCUGUCAGAGUCGAGUGUGCUACCAAGUGAUACAGUACCAGAUGAAAUAUUGAAAGACAUGAGCGGAGAUGGUACCGGCAGUGAUGCAAAUGUCAUGCCAUCCCUUGACCUGUCGGGAAUUAUCAGCAGCUUCGGAGAAAUGCCAGCACAAACGGGCAGUAACACGGCAGUCAGUGCGUCACACAGGGACACCGCUAGUGCCGUGGGUCGAUCUGCAGACAGUCAGAUACCAAGCAUUAUUCGGGGGAAGCCGUAUCUUCAGGACGACGACCUCAGCUAUACUACUACCCGGCGGCAGUCCCGAAGGAGAACUCCUGCGCCUCCAAAGCCAGCUUCGAGAAGCUCGUCAAGGGAUCCAUCGGACACAGAUGGUGAAGGUGAAACAAGCGGAAGUUCUAGUCAUGAUUACAGCUUGAGAAAAACGUCGUCACCUUUUUCAUCAGGUGCCUCAAAAGACGAUUCAGACGCAGAUGAAGGAAGCCCCGUAAGGAAGCGCCGAAGGGUUCCCACUCGAACAAAUCCAAAGUCCUCUCUUCAAGUAACGUUUGUUUCUGACCGUGGUAUCCCUGCCAAAGUGUCCCACACUUCUCCUGCUAGAACCAAAGGGAAAAAACAUUGAAAGAAAAAAAAACGAAGACUUGGUCAUCGCUGGGCUCUGCGAGUAUGACUUAAAAGCUUUGACACUCUUACAGUUGCUUUGGAUUUUUUUAUAAUGCUGUAUAUUGUGCCUUAUACCGUACACCCCUACAUUAGCGAGCUGCAGUAUAUUCUUUUGAUUACUAUUGAGAGGUUCUAGCUUUUAGAUCAAGAGUAAAACAUGGGCGUGUGAAUAUCUAUUGAUGUACUGUUUGUUAUUAUCUUCGUGGAGGUCUGCUGCUUAAUUUUUUCCUUGGACCGCUAUACAGAGCCUCGAUAUUUUGCAGAAAGGAGACUGGACUCAUUAAUCUCUCAGAAGUCAGAAGAAUGGAAGAGAUUUGUUGCUAGGCAACGUUAUGUAGUGACUAGUGAGGUCACGUUGACGUCACUCUCCGUUUAUAACUUUCGUAAAUGAUGGAUAAAAAGAAAACCAAACACAACGAAUAUAUGAAAUUCGUGCACAAACACGUUUAAAAAUAAAACCAUCACACACUCUUUACUUCUCCAGGAAUAUUUUACUACUUGCUUUCCUAAGGACGAUAUUGGACGUCUGGAUCGCUUUAGAAGUGUUGAUGAUGGAUUUGCUGGCAAUAGAUUGUGGUAUAUUAGGAUAAUUAGAGGUAUCGGCUAUUUCCGAAUUUUCUUAGGCCUCCUUCUCAAAAGGAGGCUUGGUGCUCAGUCAUUCUUGUGAAAAUGAGUUUAAUUUGCAUGAGAAUGAAAAUUUACUAUCCAAUGAAAAGGAUGUCCUCCAGGACUCGCUUUGAGAAAGAGGCCAAGGGUUGUUCGGAAAUGGGCUAUUAGUUUUUUUUAUAUUUACUGUUGAUAUCAUACAUUCGAGACACUUCGCUGGACUGUGAACAUGUUAGUUGAGGAUUGUGCGUUAAGAAGGGUUUUCAAUUGAUUGUCGAAGAACCAAAAACAGUCAACAAAAUUAUCAGCCAAUGAGAACUCAGAUUAAAACAAGGCAAACUGCUUGAAGCGCUAGCGACCAAGUCGCGGUUGGAUUAAGUUUGGCAUCUGAUUGGUUCGAAGGGAGGCGCGAGUUUCCAAGAUGAAUUACAGAAAUAAUUAAAGUAAAAAAAAAGAGUAUGCCAAAGCAUUGAGAAUUGGUUUACUUGAUUACUUUCGAUACCCAAUUGAGAACCGCUCUGUUGUAUUUGCUGAUGGUAACCUCGCUCUUAGCUCCAAUAUAUAAUCUACUUUUUUGUGUUCUUGUUUAUUCGUCCGUCGUUUUAUUUUCAUGGUAACAUUUGAAGUAAUUUCCCUCUCUAACUACCUCAUUUGAAUCACCUCGAACUUGGAGAGAAUACACGCUUCCUCCGAAGCAACUUGAGUAAACGACACAAAAAUAUUAGAAUGAAUCACAACCUUUUUUGCGAGGAAGAGAGUCUGUGCUCUGAUACGCAAGUGUUAUUUCAGUAGAAGAAUGUUAUUUUCAGCAAUUUGCCGUCUCAGUCCUCAUUCAUGCUGUUUGUACCCUGUAACUCCCGAGAUUUGAUUGCUAAUUCUCCCCUCUAGCUGCUACACAUUUCCUUUUAAAAUGGUUUUGAGAAUUUGGUGUUCAAUUAAGGUAACAAUUUCUACCUGACAAGUUUGAGUAUUCUCAUUACCU